AUGGCAAUUAAUUGCGAAUUUGAAUUCAUGGAGUAUGUGGAUGAAGAUAACAUCGACUCCAAUUUAAUAUGCAGUAUAUGUCAAAAACCGUUUAAGGAGCCAGUCUGUACACCGUGUGAUCAUACUUAUGGUCGCAUAUGCAUUUCACAAUGGCUUGAUCAGAAUAAUCAUGAUUCAUGUCCCAUAUGCAUCAAACAGCCCUUAUCGAUCAACGAUUUUAUCCAGGCUAGUCGGCCUUUACGUUGUAUGCUCGAUCAACUUCGAGUUCGGUGCAUCUUGUGCGGAGAAACUAAUAUUCAGCGAGGAAAUUUUGGUGACCAUAUAAACAAGAUAUGUCCAGAAGCGAUCGUUGAGUGUCAGGCUGUUGAUAUCAAAUGUCCUUGGAAAGGAACUCGAAAUAAAUUACACGAUCAUGUGGCUGCAUGUAUUUUUGAACCAUUGCGGCCAAUUUUAGCAUUGCUUAUUGUUCAAAAUCGUCAACUUACAGAUCAGGUUCAAAAGCAUGACAAUGAGAUAAAGAACCUAAAAGAAAAAGUAUCUCAAUUUACCAAUACCGCAAAUGCUUCUGAUGAUGAGAAUGAUGCCUCAUCAGUAUCAGAAUUUUCUACGGAUCAGAAUCAGAAAGAGGAAGAUGCAAUUUUUGUUCGAUAUUUACCAGCUACAGUCAAAUUUAAUGAUGUAUUUGGACUAUUUUCAAAAGUCGGACGUAUCAAAUACAAUACAAAAACUCAGAAAGCUGAUAUAUUUAUUUUUAAAAAUCCAAACAACAAGAAUGGUCAAUGUAAUGCCAAAGUGACCUACAUGGACAAGGAAUCAGCCGCGGCUGCAAUUGUCGAAUACGAUACGACAAAUGUAUCCGAUAAUGAGAGUGAUGCUUCAUCAGUAUCAGAAUUUUCUACGGAUGAUAAUUAUCAGAAAGAGGAAGAUGCAAUUUUUGUUCGAUAUUUACCAGCUACAGUCAAAUUUAAUGAUGUAUUUGGACUAUUUUCAAAAGUCGGACGUAUCAAAUACAAUACAAAAACUCAGAAAGCUGAUAUAUUUAUUUUUAAAAAUCCAAACAAUAAGAAUGGUCAAUGUAAUGCCAAGGUGACCUACAUGGACAAGGAAUCAGCCGCGGCUGCAAUUGCCGAAUACAAUACAGAAAAAACUGGUAUUCCCGAAGCACCUAGAGCGCAACCAGAAACUACGAAUAAACCUAAAAAAGUUUCCAAUGUAGUCGAUCAAUCACCGAUACUAACGAAUCCAGACCCGCCAAAAAUUAAAAAGAAGUCGGUUUAA